GAAAAAUGCCACACCCGUGUGCCGUAUGCGGUCGUUCGCGUAUGAAUCCAAACAAUAGAGAGGAAGAGUACAUGUUUUUUGGGCUUCCCGUUAAUGACGAAACUAGAUGCAGAAAGUGGCUGGAAUUCUGCUGUCGCGAAGAUUUGUACAAACUUACAAAAAAACAAUUACUUCAGAGAAUGGUUUGUUCGAAGCAUUUUGAGCAAAAGGAUUUUCUAAAUGAAUAUUUCGACAGAUUGAACGGUACAGCAGUACCUUCCAUUUACGAUCCUAAACAAAGUUUGUACAACAUAACCUGUGUACUGUGUGGUCGUUCUCGACGAGAUCCACCAGAUCUAAAUUACGACGGUACAACUUUUCACCAUUUUCCUGGGGAAGAGUUUCGAUGUCUUAAAUGGCUCGAUUUCGUUGGUGUAGAUUCGUAUUAUAGACUAACGAGAAAAGAAAUUUUGUUUUGUUACAUUUGUUCAAAACACUUUGACCGUUCCCAAUUUUUGCCUGGUUAUAAAAACAGAUUGGUAGACAAUGCUGUACCCAACAUUCGCAAUCCUGAUCAAUUAGACGGAUCUGAACAGUAUAACAUGGAAGUUACAUCCGAGUCAAAGUCGUAUAGUUCCGCAGAGAAAAUAUUAGAUCCUUUACCACCUGCUGUUUUAGAAAGUCAAGCAUGCGCCGCAUGCGGUAGAUCAAGAUCUGAUCCUAUGAACAAAUUGGAAAGAUACAAGUUCCACCCUUUCCCUGCUUAUGAAAUUGGAAGGUGUUUAAGAUGGUGUCAGUUUUUGGGAAGAGAGGAUCUGUUGAAAAUGUCUCCGAAUCAAAUACGAAAAUUAGUUCUCUGUUCCAAACAUUUUCAGACAGGCCAGAAUUUCCAUAAAGUAGGGCCUUGCGAUGCAGUUCCGACUAUAAAAGAUGUAUCGCAUGUAAACCCAAUCAAUCCUGUAGAACAAAUCGAAGAUGAACAGGAUAUUAUAGAGGAAUCUAAUUGUAAUGAUACAGCUAAAGGAAUUAAAAAACAAUAUUUUCCAAGACCUUUAGUAUCUAGCAAAAAACCAAAGAUAGAUAAUAAGCCUACGCCUCUUGCAAAAAAACGUGGCAAGUCUAAAAGGCCGACACUCAUUAACAUUCCAAGGCCUGAUUCUAAUAACAUUGAAAAUCGUGUGAUGAGAAAAUUACCCCUUCCUCCUAAUUCUAAUUGGAAAGUUCAAUUCAUGGAUCAACUUCAACCUAUAACAGUAGGAAACAAUAUUAAAUCAAGUAUUACAAAUAAUAUCCAACCUAACGUAAAGAAAGUGAUUUUACCAUUUACUGCUGACAUAUCAAAUUUGGGCGAUCCUAUACCGGUGCAUAGUUUAGCCAGCAUUCCUCCAGGUUUAUUGAUUAAGAUAAAUCUUCCAGAACAAGAGCAACAAAAUCUGCUGAAUGCUAACAAAAAGCAAACUCGAACAAAAAUCACCCAUAUUCCUACUACGUCCAGCGACAUCGAUAAAAAACAACUGCACAUGAAAAAUGGUCAAGCAUUGAUUACGCUACCUGUGAGGAAACAAUCCAAGGAAGAUACAGAUAAAAAUUUAGUUGAAUUUCUAUCAAUUUCUUCUGAAGAAACGGAACAUAAAAUGAAUUCAAAAGGAUUAGAAGCGUGCAAAGUUAUUUUGCCGCAUUCAUUGGAAGCAUCAGACGAAGAAGUGGAAGAAUGUUUGACUUUGAAACAACAAAAACUUGUGCGACGUAAAAAAGCUUCAAGAAGAAUGCGCAGAACAAUUUUCCCUAUUACAAGCGAAGUUAGAUAUUUUUUGCGGAAACUUGCACCCCAUAUGCAUAGACUGCCUAGAAAAACUAGAUCACGGAUGAAACUUUCGAUAGUAAAUAUGGUAAUUGAUCGCUUGUAAAUUUGUUGAGAUAUAAAUAAAUUAUAGUAUUUGUAAAGAUGUA